AUGUCUUACUGUGAGACUAAUCCGGAGUUAUUGCAGAAGUUAAAUGAUGAAGUAAAAGCCAAGCCGAAUAGGCCGCUAGGAUUUUAUCCUUCACCAUUUCAUGUCACGGACGAGUUUUUCAGGAGUAAAUUUUCUCCAUCGGAUCCUUAUCAUUCAUCCAAAGGAUAUCCAUACUCUUACAAACCCUGUGGAAAUUAUCUUGGAAGACCUUUGAUUGCCACUGAUUUGCAUCUUGGUACAACCUGGGGUACGAAUAUUUAUCCAUUUCGGCCAAAGUUUUGCCAAAUAAUGGAACGCGAUUACCUAAGAUGUCUAAGUAGAGUUGGUGUCCAAAAUUCUGAUAGGCUCUGUCGUGUUUAUUGGGAGGAUUUAAUGGAAUGUACCACGAAUGAGAAAUCGAAAAAGCGAUUGCUUUUUAUGGAAAAGGUCCGCAAGCAAAAGAAAAUGGCUCCAAUGGAACCUCCUCCUUUCACUGCUAUCCCUCGUCCCUAA